UAGGGGCAGAGUUUCGGUGUAUGUGUGAGUGGGAGAUGGACCGAGGGCGCUCUAGCAGAGGCAAAGAGCGACUCCAAUAGCCAGAACUAUUGAAAUAAUAUACGCGAUCGGGUCGUCGAUAGCCCACUCCAAAUAUAAAAUAAGUCGCCCAUCUUUCACAUCUACUUCAUACACACUAACACGGCAUUGAUGGUAAUGUAUGCAAGGAAACAACCGAGACUCGGCGAUGGGUGCACCGACCGAAGGGAUUCUCAGCCCUAUCAGACUCUUAAGUACUCAUCCAAGAGUCACCCUGAUCACCGACAUGAGAAGAUGCGUGACAGUAACGACGCCACUCCACCGUGCAAGAUGCUGCGGCGAUCAGACAGUCCAGAAAACAAACACAUGGACAGCACUGGCCAUGGCAGAGCAAAAGCCACCAAUCCACACCGGGGGAGAGACAGAGAAGGAGGGACCAGUAUAUCCCCUCAAGAGAACUCCCAUAACCACAGCUCUCUGCACAGCUCCAACUCUCAUUCAAAUCCCAACAAAUCAUCAGACACGCCAUAUGAGCCGGCAGAUGAUUGGUCUGAACACAUCAGUUCUUCAGGGAAGAAGUACUACUACAACUGCAGGACUGAGGUGUCUCAGUGGGAGAAACCCAAAGAGUGGCUGGAGAGAGAGCAAAGGCAGAAGGAGGCAACCAAGGUGGCUACAGUGGUCAACAGUUUCCCUAAAGACAGGGACUACAGGCGUGAAGCCAUGCAAGCUGCGCCCGCCAGCUUCUCCAGCACUAAGUCUUCGAUUGCCACAGAGAAGCCUUCCUCACUCACACCCUCCUCUUCCUCUGCUGCUGUGUCUGGCUUAAGUGUGGCCAACUCUGCCAGCACCGCCUCAGGCUCUACAGUUCCAGUUUCUCCGGUGAUGCAGUCUCCGGCCCUGCCCACUCUUCUCCAAGACCCCUCCCUCUUACGUCAGCUCCUCCCCGCUCUGCAAACGGCCCUGCAGCUUAACAACGCCAGUGUAGACAUGGCCAAGAUCAAUGAAGUUCUCACGGCUGCAGUAACUCAGGCUUCGCUGCAGUCCAUGCUCCAUAAGAUCCUGACUGCUGGUCCGUCUGCCUUCAACAUCACAACAUUGCUCUCCCAGGCUACUCAACUGUCCAGCCAAGUAGCCCAGCAGUCCAGCCAGUCUCCGAUGUCUCUGACGUCAGACGCUUCCUCUCCUCGGUCGUAUGUGUCUCCUAGAAUCGGCACACCGCAGACCAACACAGCCUCCCUCAAACCCCCUCUCAGCACCACGCCAGUCUCCUCACAGACCAAGAUAAACGCUAUGACAGUUAAGUCCAGUUCUCUCCCUCCACCAUCGUCCCAGCAGUCCCUCCCCACAGACAAACAUCACGACAACAGCAACUCUCCACGGACGCUGCAGAGACAGAGCAGUCAGAGAAGUCCGUCUCCAGGUCCAAACCACAUGGGCAGUAACAGCAGCAGUAAUAAUGGUGGUGGUGGUCAAGGACCAGGUGUAGUCAGCGGAGCAAUGCCCCCGGGCUCAGUACCUGCUAGCACAGCUCCAGGCAGAGCAACGUGUUCCUUUACACCCACGCUGGCCGCACACUUCAAUGAGAACCUCAUCAAACAUGUGCAAGGGUGGCCCGCGGAGCACGUGGAGAAACAGGCCUCACGGUUACGUGAAGAGGCUCACACCAUGGGCAGCAUCUACAUGUCAGAGAACUGCACAGAGCUGAAGAACCUGCGCUCACUGGUGCGAGUGUGUGAGAUCCAGGCCACGUUGCGUGAGCAGAGGAUACUGUUUUUGAGGCAACAAAUUAAAGAACUUGAGAAGUUGAAGAAUCAAAAUUCCUUCAUGGUUUGAGGAACUGUGGGUUUGCGAUGUGGUCUUGAAACAGGAGGAGAAGAGGGGUAGGUGAAUGAGUGGGCAAAACCCAUUUCGUGCGUGCGGAACCCUGGAGAACCAAAGUUCUGUUGCGUUCUGCUCUGGGCCCAGUCUUACAUUAAACGAGCCGCAGCGAGGUCUUGCUUUGGACCGAAGGUGGGUGGGGGGAGGGGAGAGAGGGGCGGAGAGGUUUUCGGAGGAGUUGCCCUCGCCCCGUCCCUGUACAUGUAGAUUAUUUGUAGAUGUUAUUUCCAUGUUGUGAAUAUAUUUUGUAGAUGAAGCCAUGCCUAUCAAAGCUUUUGACAUCCAAACGUUAAACUAAUCAGCACCAAGGCAGACUGGGAUCUCAAGUGCCCUCAUUGCCACCAUAAUGUAGAACUCUUGACUGCAGAUUUUUAAAUGAUAUGAUUAAAAAA